UUGGGCCUCCAUCAAUCCAUCCCCAUGCCGCAACCCUCGUCGCCGCCGCCCAACUCGAGGAGGGAGGGAACAGACAUGGCGGAGGUCCGCACGAAGGCGGUGCCGGCGCCCACUUUGCUGUCGCUGUGCUUGAAGUCGGUCGCAGCCCAUCUGACCGCCGACGCAGCAGGCGCGGGUCGAUCUGGCGGAUGCCCUCAUCAUUUCGACGGGUUCGCCCAGGAGCACGAGGAGGAGGAUGGACACCUGACGCCGGAGCAGGUUGCGGAGGCGCUGCCUUGGGAGAUUCUACACCAGCUGGCAUCUUCUCUGCCGCCACUCGCUCUCGAAUCGCUCCAUCACGCUGCCCAUGCCCGUUUGCAUUUUCAAUUACCCACCUUAAUUAGGUGCUGCUCUUCUACUUCCCAUACUGCCCAAUUCGGAGGGCCUGAUGGCAAUCGACGUGGGACAAAACGUUCAAGGUGUGAAGACUUCGACACCGCUUGGCAGGCAUUGUUCAAAUUUCGCUGGCCCUUCCAUGCUAACACUGGGCAUGAUAACUUGGUUACUGUAGAUUGGCAACAGCAGUACUGGGAAGCGCAUUUGCAAGAGUGCUUGGAUGAAGCUGCAGAGGCUGCGUUGCUUCCUUUAUUUCGUGGGAGUAUUCGUGAAAUAAUUAUGUCAGCUAAAAUCAUGAGUUCGGUUUACCUCAGUGAGGACAUUGCUCGAGAGUAUUCAACACUAUCAUAUCAUUGGACCAAACUUGGAUCCUAUGCAAGGUGCUUGAGACUUCAAAAUGUGCUUUGCUCAGCUGAAGUUUGUGACAUGUUGCAACCCAGCAGGCUAGAAACUUUGGUGUUCGUAAGAAUCAUAUCAGAGCCUGAGGUCAAUGGUGUAUGCCUGCUUCUAAGCUGCCAUGCGAAGACACUGUUAUCUCUUGAAUUUAUCCACUCCCAGCUUUAUCCUGCAGUCAUGGAUAAAGUCUGCAAUAGUCUUUACCAACUGGGAUCCCAAAAUCAUGAGAUCCAGCGCCUUAGUAUUAAAUCAUCUCGCAUUGGUGAAAGCAAGUCACUAAACAUCUCUGCUGGUCUAUUAAAUUUUAUUUCAUAUGCAAAGUCGCUGCAGUUGUUAUCACUUAACGAUGCUAAGGUGCAACCAUCGUUUGCUAAAAUGAUCAUUCAUACUCUUCUCGAAUCUUCUUGCAGUUUACAAACGCUUGACAUAUCAGAAAACAAUAUUUCAGGCUGGCUUUCAACUGUAGACAGAAGUUCUACAAGUAUCUCAUCAGCACUGGAAUCAAACACAUCCUUGAACUCGCUGACUGUUCUUAACCUAAGGGGAAACCAUUUGCAGGAGGGUGACAUGGAGGAUCUAUGCAGUAUUCUAGCAAAGAUGUCUAAUUUGAGAAGUUUAGAUAUAAGUGACAACCCAAUCGCUGACGAGGGUAUCAGAUUUCUCAUUCCUUUCUUCGAACGGGCUCUUCGAAGGGAGAAACCGCUUUGGGGAUUAAGAGUAGAGAACUGUGAUUUGUCAAGUAUUGGUGUGACUGAACUUCUUGAAUGCCUCACAUCUGCUAAUAAACCACUUGAUGUGCUGUCUAUAGCAGAUAAUCAUCUUGGGAGCUACAUUAGUGAAAUUCCUGGGUUCACACGUAAGGGAACUAAAUGUUGAAGAUAUCAGCCUAGGACCACAAGGCUUCCAAAUACUUGAGGAAGCAUUGCCAAGGAAAGUAGAUCUCUCCCACAUCAACAUCAGUAAGAACCGUGGUGGGAUCAGAACUGCACACUUCAUUUCCAGACUUAUACUGCAAGCGCCAAACCUUGUUUCAGUCAAUGCAGGAUCUAACCUUUUACCUCCUGACUCGUUGGAUGUAAUUUGUAACGCAUUGAAGCAAA